CGGUAGCGACUUUUUAUUCUGGCUUGUUCAUGCAGCUGUGUGACGUCAUCAGUCCGCUGCGAAACAUGGCGGCCGAGAGCGAUGUCCAGUGUGAGAUUGAGGUUCUACAGUCCAUCUAUCUGGAUGAACUGACAGUCACACGGAAUAAUGAAGGAGGAUGGAGAGUCAGUGUGAUGCUCCACCCCUCCACAGGAGAAGAUUGCCUGGCACAGUUUGUCUGUCUCACACUGACACUGGAUCUGGACACAGAGUAUCCAGCGUCGACUCCCUACAUCUCCAUCCACCAUCCUCGAGGUCUCUCAGAUAACAAGCUGCACAGUUUACAGCAGAGUCUAAGCUUGGAGGCUGAGGAGUGUGUGGGAACACCCGUGAUCUAUCAGCUGAUUGAGAAAGCUAAAGAGAUUCUGACAGAGAGCAACAUUCCUCACGGCAGCUGUGCGAUCUGUCUGUAUGACUUUAGGGAGGGCGAGGUGUUCACCAAGACGAGCUGUUAUCAUUAUUUCCACUCUCACUGUCUGGGCCGCUACGUCACACACUCUGAGGGGGAGCUGCAGGAACGAGUGAGGGAGCUGGAGGAGGACAAGACCAGAGACAGAGGACAGGACAAGGAGCUGUGUGUGGUGUGUCCUGUGUGCAGAGAGCCGCUGAUGUACGACAUGAACGCUCUGCUUUCAUCUCCACCACCGAGCUUUCCUCAGCAGGAGGAUGAAACAGUCACUGCUGAAUUUAAAAGACGAUGGGUGAAGCUACAGAAGGUUCUGGCUCGUCAGAGAGAGAGAGGAGGAGUCAUCGACCCUGAGGCCGAGUCGAAUCGCUUCCUCAUUCACAUUAAUGAUGCCCCCGCUGACUCCUCAGACCCCACCUGUGCCAAUGCUCCAGAUCCUUCGGAUCCUGCCCAACCGCUCACCCCUCCUCCCCCUCCUGAGUGCCCUCUUCAGAACACUCAUCCUCCCCGAUUGGACAACAUGUCAACCCCGCCCCAUCGCCACACUUUUCACGGCAGGAGACAGCAGGUGGGGUUUAGAGGAGGCAGAAGAGACCGGGGGAAAAGAGAAGGAGGAAGAGGAGGACCUGCGGCUCAUGUGAUUCCUCCACCUGUGUUGGAGAGCCUGGGUAAGCUCAGUGUUUCUGCGGCCAAAAGCAGUAGGAACAAUGGAGAACCAGAGGACCCCAGCAAAUACAGAGAUGGACAUUUAGCUGAAGUAAAAGAUCAGCUGGGACAGGCUUUAUUAGACGAGAGUGGCAAAACAAGCCGCCAGGAGACAAAACCCGAACCCCUCGUUCUGCCACACGACACUCAAACCGGAGCGAGGAAACAAGGAGCAAGGCAGGAACGAGAAAAGGGAAGGAGAUAUGGACCACGUGGGCCAACGUAUGGCCACUGGCAUGAGAGAAACGCUCAAUGGGAUAACGGUGGGAACAUCCAACAUCACCACCUCAGAGGUGCUACAGGACACCAGACAGGUCAUUACAGAGGAAACGGGAAAAACUGGCAUCAGAGAACCGAGAGCGAGUUGAGGAAGGAAGGAGUUCUCUGACAGUGGGAGGAGGGAGGAGCGCACACCCACCCACCCAGCAGCUUCCCUCCCAGCUCUCUCACCUGUACCUGCAUCAUCAGUGGCGUAAAGUCCUACACCUGCACUGUGUGUGUGUAAUUCUGCUGUGUGCAGCACACACAUGCACUAAAAUGCUAAUGACUUAUUCUCACUGUUUUGGAUGUGUAAAGUAUAACAAUAAAGAAAAAUGUUUGGCUUAAAAAAUAA